UGGAGGAAAGUAGAUCUUUAGGCGAACGGCCUCGUGAGUUAAAUUCCCCAAACAAGCGAGUUAUCAGCAAUUAUAUAGGUUUAAAAAACACUAAACGUUAUAUACGACGGAAACAUCGCCGUUCACGUGUUUAAAGUGAAUUGUUUUACGCUAUAUUGACGUUACUGCAGGUAACUAGUUCUGUUCGCGGAGGUACAUUGCGCGGUCGCGAUUCGUUGUUUCCAAAUGUGGCAAGCGCGGCGUAAGUUCAGUUGAGGUUUGAUUGAUGGACUGUAGGCGGAAACUCUACGUUGUAAACUUUGUACGAUGAAGGGCUAGUUUUGUUUUUGUAUUUCACGAGCCGCUUAAAUCGUGACUUUCACACGGGAAUACACCCGUCCUUGAUGUAGGGAUCCCGCGCGUUUGGUCCGAGUUGUCUUGUUGAGUUGAGCUAAUGUUUGUUAGCCUAGCAUAUGUGAGGUAACACAAGUUCGGUCUCAAGUGACGCGAUCUGCUGGAUCUGAUCUGGGAUCACGACACCUAACGUUACCACAGGCUGCAGCAGUGCUGGGAGCAGGUCCGCGAUGUUAGGGGGAAACGGGACGGCCAGAGGGGCUGGGCGCUCCGGUAACGGCGCGGGAUUGACCCCUCUACAGGUGGGCAGCACAUCUGGGGCUCUGGGGGCGGUAAACUCUGCCAUAAACCUGCCCGACGGAGGCAGAUACGACGACAGGCCGUCGGUGGAGGCUGUGCUGAGCGGCUCCGACGGAGACUCGGACUCCGGGGACGAUGAGGAGAGUCCCGCGGUGGACAGGAGAGGGGUAAAGCGGGAGAGGAGUGAGAUGGAGGUCGGUGGAUCCUCGGGAAUCAACGCGGGACUGUCGGCGGGAUACGGGGGAGCUACCUCCGGGGUGGCUGGGGCGAAACCCGGCAAGAAAACACGAGGACGGGUGAAAAUUAAGAUGGAGUUUAUUGACAACAAGCUGAGGAGAUACACGACCUUCAGCAAGAGGAAGACUGGCAUUAUGAAGAAGGCUUAUGAACUAUCCACCUUAACGGGGACGCAAGUUUUGCUCCUGGUUGCCAGCGAGACGGGCCACGUCUACACGUUUGCCACACGGAAACUUCAGCCCAUGAUCACCAGUGAAACGGGUAAAGCCCUGAUCCAGACCUGCCUGAAUUCCCCUGAUUCUCCACCGCGUACGGACCCUUCAACAGACCAGCGGAUGAGUGCCACCGGAUUCGAGGAGACGGACCUCACCUACCAGGUCUCAGAGGCUGAUGGUCUCACAGAGCCAAAGGAAAUGAUCAAGCCGACGUUCACCAGCACCAACAGCACAACCACACAGUCGUCGGCCUCUUCCUCUCCCUCCUCCUCCUCUGUCUCCAUGCACACUCAGAGCGGCACCCUGUCGCUCUCCAGCUCCACCUGCUGGCCGGUGGCUGCAGGGAUGAACGCUCAGAGCGUCUCUAGUGCAAACGGCACGGUGCUCAAAAGCUCUCCCGCCGGCGUCAUGCAGCUGCCCAGCGGAUUCACGCUCAUGCCAGGCGCUACUCUUCCUCCUGGCACACACACUAUUCCUCUCAGUCAGCUGCAGACACACUCUCUGGCCAUACAGUGUCCACAGACGCAAAACAGCAGCACGGCUGUCCCCGCACACACACAAGCCGCCACUCAGGCCACGCUCUUCCGCCUGCCGGCCGCGGUCUCGCUCACAGGUGGUACGAUGCCUCAACAGUUACAGGCCAUCCAGGUUCACCCCAGUCCUCAGAGCAGUGACAGCAGUCCCGAGAUCAGCCAGACCUCCACCAGCUCCACUGCAAGCCACACCGCUACGAUAGUCACUUCCUCAGUGCCUUCUUCAGUGGCAGGUCACAUGAUGUACCCUGGAGCGCACGUCAUGUACGCUACAUCCUCUUCUUCCCUUGCCGACGGGGGUCUGACUGUGUUCAAUACCUUCCCACAAGCCCCCACCGCGAUGCACAUGUCCCACACACAAGCCCAAGACUCAGGUGCAGUUCCUCAGAUGUUUCUCACAGGACCUCCUGGAACUGUACAGAUCCCAGUUUCAGCCGUUCCACUUCAUUCGAUGUUAAUAAACCAGCAGCCCACCGGCGGCAGCAGCAGCACCCUCACGGAGCUGCGCGUGGUGAAUCUGGACAAUCCCAAAGGAGACUGACCCGUGUGACCGCUCACUCACGCUGAUUUUACAGGGAUCACUCAUGCCAUGCAAUCAGACUGCCAUUGUAUUUAUUACUGCCUUCUCGCUGUGUGGGGCUCAGAAAGGAGGUGUAUUGGGACAACUGAAGGAUGAUGGCGUCUCCUCAUGGACUCGUUUUGAUGGGUAGUGUGAUAACAGAUGAUUUUUGUUGACGCAUCUAUACUUGAGGAUUUCAUAGAGACGUCUGCACUAUCACUGCUUGGUCUUCGCCUGUUUUUGCAGAGGGAUGUACAAUUAUGUUCGCUUUUUGAACACAUUGGCUGUACAACAGUUGAAGUAUCUUCAGUUCAAUCUUUCGUUCUUUUGGGAAUGCCUCUCGAUCUGAUUUGUAAUUCACCUCCAUAUAGUUUAAGAUCUGUGAAUCUUUCAAGGUCAAAAAUUUAUUCUUUCGAUCAUAUAUGUUGUGAAAUUAGCUUAGUUUUGGUAUAGUUUUAAUGGCGGGUCAUGUUUUAUUUCUCAUUUUAAGGAAUGUUUCACCCAGAAAGGACAAUUCUGUUAUCUUUUUCCAUCUCUCACGUAAUUUCAGACGCAAAAAAAGUAGUUAUUUUGCAGUGUGUGCAAACUUCUCUCCAUUUAAAUAAAUGGUGACUGAUGCAGACGAG